CCAAUGAGGCGAAAACAAAGGUACCGCGUACCGCAUGCCCGGCGGGAGAAACCUUGUUGUGUCUGAAGCCAUUUCCCAGAGCACUUGCUUUGAUUAUGUGCAGCAAUUCUUCAUUCUGCGUUCAAUUCUGAAGAAGAUAGCGGUUCAGGUUGUUAAGGUGAUUGGAGAACCAUAUGAGUGCAGAGGUUGAAAAGACAUCUCAUAUUGAAUCUAAAAAUGCGAAGAUGUCUGGAGUAAAUAUUUGUUCUGCUGCACCUGUGGGAAGCCAAAAGGUUUCCAUGUUUGCAGCAAAGACUGGGUUUGUUAUCCCAAAAAACAAACUUUCCGGGUCUUUGGUUCCCAUCUUUCGAGUGAACAAAAGGUCAGGAGGGAAUGAAUCAGCUAAUGGAGAAAAUGAUAAACAGACCCAAAGAAAUACAAAGUGGGGUCCUGAUUUAACACAAGAUGCUGCAGUCAGAAAGGGAAGGCUCAUAGCUUAUCAGACUCGAUUGGAACAAAUCAUGGAACACCUUAAGUCUGGAACUUUGGAGGUUCCAAAGACACAAGAUUCAGCAUUAGGUGAGAAUGUAGAGGAUAAUUCCCCUGGACGCCAAGCGAAAAAUCAGAUGCCGUACAAUGAACUUUUGGAACUUGAAAAACGUGAAGUUAUUGGUGAAAUACUAAAACUGAAUCCAAGUUAUAAGGCCCCUCCUGAUUAUAGACCCUUGAUGAAAGAGGACAGGUUACCUCUCCCGGUUAAAGAGUAUCCUGGUUUUAACUUUAUUGGCUUAAUAUAUGGCCCCAGUGGUGAAAAUCAAAAGCGAUUAGAAAAGGAAACUGGAGCCAAAAUACGAAUUUGUGGUAUUAAAGCUGGGACUGGUGAAAAGGACGAAAUUAAACCAACUGAUGUACACGGAAUUCAAAAUGUUUAUGAAGAGCUGUAUGUUUACAUGUCAGCUGAUACAUUUGAUAAGAUCGAUGCUGCAAUUUCUGUCAUAGAACUCCUAAUCACCUCAAUAUCGGGAAAUCUGGCCACUGGUUCCGCAUUGUCUGAUUUGGUUUCUACCGAUGGAAGUUCUUGCAGCCGAGCCGAGGGUACUACAGUCUCAGAUAUGGGGCAGAACCAGGGGGUUACGCAACAAAGACAAGUUUAUGCGCCAACUUCAGUGCAAGGGCAGUUUCAUUACCCUAGUACGUGGCCUUCUCACAAUUUAACGCCAGCUCCUGGAUUUAUUUCCCCACAAAAUCCUCCGUCAUCAAUUAUAAACAAUCCAAUCCAUUUGUCAACACCCACUUCAAACGUUUCUAAUGUACCAUCAUCAUUUGCACGUCCACCUGCUCCAGUUGCUUUCAAUCCAGCUUUCCGAGGCCCUCCUGUUCCUCCGCCCAGACAACAGUUACAUGUACAAGACUUACAGCAACCUUUCAUGACUCAAACCAGUCAUGUUGGCCAACCCAGAGUUCAUGCUUUGACGAUUCAACAGCCCUCACUAGUUCCAUCUAAUGUCUCAAAUCCGAACUUCAGUGGUAGUGGUCCAUUACCUUCAGGACUACUCCCGAAUAUGCCAGGAUCAUCUUUGCCUCACCUUGUUCCCAGUAGCAUUCCUCCAGGAUCACGGCCUGAUCGUCCAUUGGCACCUAGCAUAGUUUCUACUGGUUUUUCUGGACCCACAAUUGGCAGUUCAGCGUCUAUGGGUGCAAAUAACAUGGGACAGAUGGCUUCAUCACUUCCCCCACCCUUUGGGCCUCGUGCAGCUCCACCGCUGGGUGUUAUUUCUUCUGGCGCAGCACCUGCAAAUACAGCAGUAGCCAAUGUGGAUGGAUAUGCAUCUUUUCCUUCUGGACCAUCCACUCCCCAAGCAACAGGUAUAAAUACAAAUCAUCCUAAUACAGCUCCACUUCCGUCACCCCAGAUGGGGCUUCGGCCACCAUUUUCAGUGCCUUCUGCACUAUUACCGUCACCAGCACACAAUCCUCCUGGUAACUUCAUUGCUGGAUCUGCUUCAACUCCUCCAACACCACCUACCAAUACAAGCAAUUUUACAUUCCAACCACGUGGCCCUCAAAAUCCAUCUCAAACAAUUUUGAAUUUAAACAUUCAAAACACACCAACCGUACCUACAUUGCAACAGCCUGCAUCUGGGGCACUAUCUUUCCAUCCACCAGCUCCACAUUUUCCGAGGGUUGCCAAUCAACCCUUUCCCGGACCCCAAGCUGGCAGCCAAAUUGGUACUCAUCAAAUGCAAGAGAUAGCUUCGAAUCCUAUUGGCAUGCAGGUCUCAACUAGAAUUCCUGCUUUUCUCGAUCCAGGUCCUCGAACACAACUGCAUCAAAGAAACUUUGGUCCAGGCUUGCAAAUGCAAAUCCCAAAGUUGCCAGGCAAUUUUCCUCAGAGACCGGGAAACCCCAUGCAAUUUGAACAAGGUUUCCCCAUGCGAGCACCUCGACCUGAACUCCGCUUUACUCCCCCACAGUACAGGAGCAACCUGACGUUUGUUUCUGGUAAGCCACCUUCCAGUUCCGGAGGGCAGCAAAUUUAUGAUCCAUUCUCGCCUACAUCUGUAUCUGGUCCACAACAGCAGGGAACAAUCCACUAAGAUGAGAACUUUUGAACUGCAUCAUAUGUUUGUAGCUCUGGAUAUGUCAAGUGUUGCACGUAAGAGGGAAAUAGCUCGAAUCUUUCGCUAAGGCCCCUAAAUGACCAUCCUGUGAUGAAGGAGGUAGGUAGGGGUGAUGAAAAUCUCUUAAACUUAAAUAUUGAAAUUUAACUUUGUGUGCAUGUUUUGCUAAAAAAAAAUAAAAUAAAAUGAAAAAUUUCUAAGAA